AACAACAGAAACUAAGGCCAUUCCGUCGCAAAUGUACUGUUUUUCUUGUGCGGUCCGAAACAUACUGAUCUACAUAUUAUUAUGAUGAUUUGGCUGUUAUUUAAGCCUGAAUGUGGCUAUUAUUAAAGCCUGUUAUGUUAUCGGUUGCCCCCUCCUCUGUCCUUCCUUGCAUCCCUGCAUCCCUCCCUUCGUCUCUCCCUCCCGGCAGUGCAUCCCCAUCCCCCACACACUGUGACCGUCUCUUCGGGUGAAAGCUGUCUUCCCUGCGCCACUGGCCCGACAAAACGUUGUUGUAGCUGAGCCAGUCCGCACCGACCUGAGGCAGAGCAGACACACGGGAGAAAGCACGUACGCACAUAGGAGAAUCUUUUCUUGUUCGACAGAGUGACUUUGAUUUGCAUAUCCACUUCCACUCCUUCCUCAUUUGCAUACAGCAAGAAUGGCGAGCGGGCAUCCCACAGACAAAUUCAGUUUCAUGUAUCAACCAGACACGCACAAGAGUAAGAACAGGUUAGCUUCAGCUAUGAAUCCAGUCUACAGCCCCGUUCAGCCUGGCACCCCAUAUGGAAACCCUAAGAACAUGGCGUUUACAGGGUUUGUUUGUUUUCCAGAAGAACUGCUGGUCAAAGGCUAUCCAGGAGGGUAUCCUGCCGCAGCUCCCACCUAUACACCCAACCUUUAUCAAACAGGCAGUCCUGGGUAUCCACCAGGAUAUACUUCAGCAGGCACCCCAUACAAAGUUCCCCCCACUCAGUCAAAUGGCGCUCCCCCUCCCUACACCCCGACCCCCACCCCAUACCCAACAGCUAUGUACCCCAUCCGCAGUGCCUACCCUCAGCAGAACCUGUACGCACAGGGAGCAUACUAUACCCAGCCAGUGUAUGCGGCUCAGCCACAUGUGAUCCAUCACACCACCGUGGUGCAGCCUAACAGCAUCCCCUCCACAGCCCUCUACCCUGCCCCCGUCCCUGUACCUGCUCCGCGCAACAAUGGCAUGGCUGCCAUGGGGAUGGUAGCUGGGACAACCAUGGCCAUGAGCGCAGGGACCUUGCUGACAACGCCCCAGCACGCCCAGAUUGGAGGACACCCAGUUACUGUGCCAACCUACAGGCCCCAAGGGACACCUGGGUACAGCUACGUACCGCCUCACUGGUAGAGCCCACCCAUCAUAUCUGGAGUCCACCAUCGUAUGCAACUGCUCAAAUCUUACACGGGCUCCCACUGGUAACCACGGGGACUCGGCACCUGUCUGCAAGAACAAAACUAAAGUGCAACAGCCACUUUACUAUUAUUGUUAUUAUGCGACAUUCUUUUACAUUUUUCCAAAAGCUGCUUUUAUUUUUUAUUUUGUUCAUUUGCCAAGCAGUCAUUACCUUAUUUUGUAUGGUUAUUUUAUUUCCUCACUUUCCUUUGCUGUAUCUGUCAUUGGAACUCCAGAAGGACUCUUGACCAAUCACGGCGUCAGUUGCUCCUGUUUCAUUGUUGUGCUGGUGUGUGUGGUCCUUCCUGCUGCUGCUCAGUUGGCUGGAAAAUAUUGGGCACUUACUCCUCAUUAUCAUCUCCAUCGGUCACUACGAAGACUUAUUGACUUAUGCUGCCAACUUUUCUAAUGACUAGAUAUCAGCACAGGGUUUUAACAUAAUUAGGAGAUUUGCUUUUCGGGUUAUUUAAUUUUCUUAACACUAUUUUACCACACGCAACUGAAUUACUUAAACUUUUCUGUGGACUUUUCCCCCCUUUUCCCUUUUUGUUCUUUCUUCCUCGUCAUCCUUUUUUUAUCCGCUUUGUUUCUGUAAUCUCACUCGUCUUCCAGCGCGUAGCUGUCUGUCCAGCAGUAGUAAGUCCACCAUCCCUGUCGUUAACGUCUCCGUGUGAGUGCUAUGUCACUAUGGGCAGAGCACUUACAGACCCAUUACCCAUCUGCUGCGUGUUCCUCUGUGUACACGUUAGCAUAGUGGAUAGUACAGAACUAAGAAAACAUACUUCAUGCUAAAUACUAUGCAGGCUACUAUGUUGUGACACUGUCGACAUCUUAACCUUAGCAUAGGUCAGUACAUUUAGAAAAUGUAAGGAUAUUUAUAAUAACGGCGUCAACAGCAUUGGUGGCCGUGCACACUUUCUCUCUCUCACACACACACACACACACACACACACACACACACACACAGGGGCUCCUGUAUGUGUUGAAAAAUACAUGAUCACUUAGUGGCACUUACCUCCAGUUAUGUUGUUACUGAUCAACACACAAGCACACACACACAACAUGGUUUUCUCGGUGUGUGCAUGGCAGGCAGCAGAGAAGGAGUUUAAAGGGAUUGUGUUGGCACUAGGAGUGGAGAGCAGGACAAGACGGGGAGAGCAGACGACAGGGAAGGAGAAAGAGAUCACAUAUUCACGGUCGGUCAUUUCAUUUCAAGGUACAAGACAUGCGAGUUUGUGGCUGCUCCCCUGCAGGAGAAUGCACAAGCACACUGCUGAUUUGCCCUAUGUGUUGUACAUUGACUUGUCUCUGCGAUUAUAUCAUCUCCUUCUUCUUCCUUUGUCCAGGCGAGGAUUUUAAACCAAACACUCAACAGACAGAAAACCCAGGCUCUUGAGUAAACAGUUAUUAAUGGACCAGUCUAACAACUGUGCCGAUUCAUGGAUAGGAUUUGAUACACUAGUCCAUUCCACAGUGCUGAGAGUGCUGAUAAGACCAAACCAGUGGCACGGAUGGCUGCGCACCACAUUUAGAAAUGAAUUGUGAACAAUCAGAAGGCUGUAAUGUGUACACACCUGGUCCAUGCCGUUAGGGCUUUGUUAUUCUCAGAAUUUGAGUCAAAAUUUUAACUUUUGUGGGUUUUCCCAUGUGAAUUGCAAGAGCAAAAUGAGAAGACUGUCAUCCAAAAAGUGCUGGUUCUAGUGUUCAUGGCUACAACACUUUAAGAUUAUUAGCAAGUGUGCAGAGCUGUGAUGAUGCAGUGUCACUUAGUUUUAAAACUAGUCCAGUCCAGUUGGGGGUCCAGCUUGACCUCCAGGAGCCGAUGGGAGGCUUUUUAGACUUUCAGUAGUUUUCAUGAGAAAAGAAUCAUCCAUUAGUUUACUGUGCUUUUUUCCGCAAGUGUUGGAGAUUUACACAUCGGCUUUUACUGACCUGCUUUUUAAACAUUAUUCUCCAUUUUUAAAAAUCCAGCAUAAACCUUGACUUUUAUGAAAAUUGUCAUUAAAUGAGGAUAAUAUUUGAGCCAAUGACACAUGGACCAUAUUAAGUCAUUUUCUGUUGCCUUUUUAUGCUUAUACUUGUAAAUGCAAAGGCAUUCACAUCCACAGUAGGAUGGCCCAUCUUAAUCAAACACUAUGAACACAGCGAGUAGUGGUGGUGGGAUUUAAUAUUAAGGUGAGGCCUGUGGUAUUUUUCAGGAUUUACAAAAGAAAGACUCAAAUCACUACUUCAUGAUCUGUAGAGUUACAGAUUGGUAUAACUAAAAGCAUUUACUGAGCAGGUAUGUAGAUGAAGUGGUUUGAUAUUGCAAUAAAAUAAGAGGGAAUGCCUCCAACUGUUAACACAGUAAUUAUUUUAUCAGCGUUUUGAAUUGAUUUUUUUUAAAAAGAAUGCUUAUUGUUGUAAUCUCUAAAUAUGGAUUACAGGCUCUGUAUGCAGCCUCCAUUCAAUAAUUAUUACAGUUACCGCUAAGAAGAGUAGAACAUAUCAAGAAUUUGGGUAUUGAAUAACUUUGUGAGGAAAUAUUGCACAACAUAAGACAAAAAAAAUAAACUUAUUGACUAUAAUUUAAUGCUAAGUAACAGGUACCUAGGCUUUGUAGUGCAGGAGGGAGGAAGAAGCAAUUUAUAUUGUAAUUAAAAAUAAAACAAAUAAGGUUGAGUGUUUGAGGUAUUCUUAGUCCAGAUGUUUGUACACUAGUAGGUAAAUUCUCAAGAAAAUUACAUAAUGCCGCUGUCGGAUGAAAAACCGCCGACCUUUUUAGAAACGAUCCUUGUAUUUUGGAAGAUCUAAAGUGGAUGUUAUCGGCGGGAGGGUCAUGAAAUGUUCCCACUGUAAGGAUCUUGUAAAUUUUGAUUCGAGCCAGUAAAACUGAAAAGAUGCAGAAACUGGGCUUUUCUUGCGACAGCAGCAAUGUUACUUGUCAUUAGGAUUUAUUUAACCAACCACUACUUCUGUCAGUAUUUCUCAAUUAAAUCUUGUGUUGUUUUUGUUUUGUAUUUUCUUCUUUUUCCCUCUGGUGAAUUGAGCAUAAUGGGUAUGCAUAAUAUUCAGGUGUAUUUCAAUAUAGCAUUGGAUCUCUAACUUAAAAAAAAAAAAAAAUGCAGUAUAUUUAUACAGCAAGUGGUACAGUAAUGUAUUUCUAGCUAAGCAUGGUUGCGUCAGUGUGGCAGCUACUGUUUGUGCUUUUAAUAAUUAGUUUUUUAAAACCUCUUCUGCAUCUCUGUCCUCUACAUAUCUGUCACUGAAGGGGGAGGAGAAGUUAAGGCAAGGUCUAGUAAAUAAACUUAGGAUGGGGGGGGGGUUGUCACCGAAUUCCCACAUUCUUGUAAUUGUCUCCUGAAUUUACAGACCUUGAGGAAGCAGAGGAUCAAUGAUAGAACUGAAAUGGAUAGCCUUUUUUUGGUUGACUGGAAAAAGGUUAACAUCUCUUUUGGAAGCCAUCUUCGCUGUCCAUUUCUGUUCUGAGUGGUGCAAAGAUAAGAACCCGCAGCCUCCACGCCCUUUGUUCUGUGCCAUAUUUCACCACCGUUUGUUCAGUAAAUAUUAGUUUUCUUCUAAGUAACUGGUGAAUUCUGAGUACUUGUUAUGUCAAGCUUCCUGUGAAUCUGUGUUUCCCUAUUGCUGUCCUAUUUCCCCACAUUGUUGUUAAUGCAUAUCGCCCGUCUCCUAUUUAUCCUUCUUACUUUGUCCUCCGUGUUUGUCCUAUUUUCAUUUUGUGCCACAACUCUCUUCAGAGGCCAUUUUGCAUCCUUCUAACUAUUCAAACAUUUAGUUUUAUUACAUUCAGGAAUGCAAAAUGAUGUCAGAUCAUAUGUUCUGCUCUCUCAUGUCCUCUUUGACCUUUAACUCUCUGCUCUCACAGUCUCAUCUUUUUUGGCCUUUAUGUGCUUUCAGUCUGACCUUUGCAACCAUCACCACCCCGUCUAAGUAGCAGUCAUAUUGAACUAUAUGAUUGUCAUUACAUUGGUGUCACUAAUGGUGAUAAUCUGUUGUAAAUUGUUUAGCAUUUGUGAGAUCUGUACUGAGCCUUUUAAGCACUAGAUGUCGCCAGCAACAAAGCCUGAAAGUGGCUUCAAGGCUUUGAGCCAAAAUGAUAAAUUAAUCAUUUUAUUUAUUGGUCAUUUACAUCUAAGAAUCACAAUUAGAUGUCACAUUAUGAGCACAGAGAUAUUUUUGGUGGCCUUUUUCAAAUGACCCCCCAAUUUAAGCAAGACAAAAAUAUGGUUUCACUUUGUCUUAUAGGAGUUUGAUCAUUUUAACUUGAACAUUGAUACGAGAGUUGUAUUUUUCUGGGCUAAGAGCCAACGCUCUUUAAAACUCUAAUUCUGUUUUUAAUGUGGAGGGCUCAGUAGAGGCAGACCCACAGAGCAUUUCGGAUAGCUGAAGAUGAACGACUCCCACAGAGCAGGGUUUUUAUUUUGUUUUUUUCUUCAGGGUGGUGAAAAUGCUUCCUCAUAACUCCAUUCCUUGCCUCAUUGAUUUCAAUUUGCACUUAAGUGAAAUGUGUGUGAGCAAAGUUGUCUUAAUCAUGGGUCUUUUAUCAUUUUAUUUUGUCAUUCUGUUUCUUAAUGUUGAAAGGUGGUAACUUUAAUGAGGAUUAUGCAGGGUUUUUUGUUUUGUUUUCACUACAUUUUAAUCUUGCGUCUUUUCACUUUGACAGUGAAAAUGUGACCAGAAACAUUCAUAACACCUCUCUUCUCCUUCCUUUUUCCCUCUACCCCCUCUCUCUCCUUUUCUUUUUUCUUUUUGCCUUGCGGUUGCUAUGUCUUAGGGUUCUUUUUUCAUAGUAUAAAUUAAAACACUACUAUCAUAGUGAAUAGUAGGCUCUUAAAUGUCUUUGAUGUUCUGCUGCAGCUUUUUAAUUUCAAUCUGUCAGAGAUAUCUUAGUUUAAUUUGACACUAAAUGUGAUGCAAAAAGUGGAAAUUCCUUGUCUUCCAAAAAAAAAGCAUACUUGUUAUCCCACCUUGGAUCAAGUAUUAGGAACAACCCCAUCUUUGGAAGUUUUAGUUUGGUACCCAGUUUGCACAUGCUAUGGUAUAUCUGUUACCGUAAGGUUGUGUUUGAAACAGAAGCCCAACGUCUGUUCAGCGUUGAGAGAAGUGAAUUGUAUGUUAGCUAUUUGGUCCAGAGUGAAGGACCAGCGUCAGGCUUGUGAUAUGAAGUGUAAAUCUGUUUUAAUUUGUUUUUUUACGUUUAUUUUUUUUUGUUGUUGAGGUUUUUUUUGUUUUUUUUUAAAGAUCAGUUAGUGAUCUUAGUACUAUAACUAAGCCAAGUUUGUAAUUGUAUAUUUACUGUAAAAUGUAGAACAUUGAAUAACUAUUAAAAUUUUCCUAUAAAAGGAAGA